UAGCAAUGUCGUCAUGGGGAAUAAUCCAGGUUCUCAUAUAUCCUUUACACUACUAACAGAGAGGACAUCACGGAAUCAUAGGCACCAGGCUUGUGUCGCAUUGGAAAAGCACACGCCUCACGUUGCGGACAGCAUCAUGUCGGCUUCACCAAUUAUUCUUCACUUUAUUUCGUGUGUUGUUAUCUCCUGGUUUCUGGUUAUCAACGUGUAUUCGGCGCCCAAACCAAGGCCGAAGAGGGGAAAGGCUUCGACGGAGGAGCCUAACCCAUGCGUGAAGCCGGAGCCCAUCCAGCUCCCGCGGUUUGACAUCAAGGAAAUGACCGUCUUGGGUCCCGCGCUACCAGCCACAGUCACCGUCGAGUUCAAGUCCAAGUACCCGCUGAGGUUCCGCUGGCAGAAAGAACAGACCGUCACCCUGAUCCGGAGCAAGAGCUUCCAGAUGAUGAACUAUUUCUACAUCCCUGUCGCAAACGACAGUCUCCACAAGAUUCAUAACUCGCAUGUGCGAGGUGUGCACACCACCAAACUGACCGUCUCAAAGAAGCGCGAAUACAACCUGCAUCCAUUUGACGUCUACAUCCUAAAAGUCAGGAUUCUACACCCUUGUUACGAUGUUGGGAUGAAACUGGCUAUCCCGCGGACCACAGACGGCCAUCUUGUCACCAUGAUCAAAGAAAUGGCCUUCCCGAGGUUCCUACAGAUGCCGCUGAAGUCUUACACCCUGCAACCCGGGGACACGUUUCAUCUGAACGUGUCCAUGCUGAUCGAGUUCAUGGAUGAACACACGGAGCAGAGCGGUUGGUACAAGAUACUCCAGUUGGAUGAAGAAAUGCAGAAAGUCGAGUACGCAGACAGCAUCCAUAUGACCCCACGUGACAACUUCAAGGUGGUCAAUGCAAUUCGUCGCCCUGAGUUUAGUAAAUACAUCGUCAGCAGUAACGCUGCUAUUUCGCCAGUCAAGGACACUGACGCUGGGCUUUAUGGCUACUACUUGGUGUUGCCUGAAGGUAUUCAUAUCAGAGUGACUACUGAGAUUAGGAUGAACGAAUCAGUACCUAACUCGAUGGUGCAGUCCUGCAGUGGUGCCACGGAACAGGAUGGCAUGGCGCCGAACUUCCGAAUCCCGAUCAUGCGCAAACUUGACAACUGCAUCGGCUGCGUCGUAGCGAACAUGGACAACCCAAAGAUUGGACUCUACAAGAUCAAGGACGUGAAUGGAACAUUGCAGGCUUUUGAGAUCAAGAUGUCGGACAAGUACCCUGGCGGAUCUAACUUCACCACGGCCAUGUUCCCCAUCAAGAAGCCCUCCGAUGACGACGAUGCCCAGUACAUCUGCGAGGCAGAGGACAAGAACGUCAACAUCCAGCGGGCAUUUGGUGUCACCACCUUUCUUCCCGUAAAGCUGACAGUGGUCAAGCCGAACAGAGUUGAUAUUGAGAAACCGACCAAGGUGGUCUUCACGUGUAAAGCUACCGGUUUCCCAGCACCGGAGAUUAUCUUUUACAAGGGACCCCGAGAUGACGCCAACUUCUUCAACGUCCACCGCCCAUUCGAUCCAGACACAGAGAAAGGCUGGGUUCGCGUCGCUCGCCGGAAGCACAUUACAUUCCACGUCAGGUAUGACCCAAAACGAGGCACGACGAAAGCGCGACUUGUGUUCAACAAAGCAACGAAAAAAGAUGCAGGGGGUGAUGACUAUGAUUACAAAUGUGUUGCCCGGAACAAGUAUAGUUAUAAUAUUGGUUUUAUCUCUAUUUACUAUAACGGUUAUGAUGAUUUAGACAUCUGAGUGCCCGCGGAUCGGAAACGGCGUUUAUGUUUAUAGCCGUUGUGAGAAAGAGAAGAUUGAGGUGAUCAAAUGACGAACUGAAUAGGGUGUGCCGAGGGAAAGGUAACCACUUCUGUUUGGGUAUUGUUUUAUCUGGUACCAUUGUUGGCACAGAUGAUGAGCACAGUUUGGCAAGAGCAUUAUUGUAAUCAGCUUAGGGCUGUGCAAUUUUAAGGUAAAAAAUCAAUUGAAGGUUGGCUCCAAGCAGCCACUUUCACUAAUAGAAGAGGCUGUUAAUGAAGGGUGUAUACAGAGAUGUGAUCACGAAUAGGUUUGACAAUCUAUACUGUAUUUGAUGUAAUCGAAGGUGACGGAUGGCCUUUAAGUGAAUGAUGUCUCCUCCAUAAGAAAGAUACUGACCUUACGUUCAGAAAGUGCAUGUAGUACUUCCGAUCUUUUGAAGAGGGUUGCAGUUGCUUGUCCCUGCAUGAGUCUGCCAAUUUUUUUUCACGCGACGAAGGAAAUAGUCAUACCGUUAACUUACUUCUCAUAGCAGAUUUUUCUGUUUAUAUUACGCACAACGUUGCACUUUCUUAUUGAGCACUUGUACAUAGAUUAGGGAGGUUGUGAUGCAGGGUGUUAUAUUAGUAGGUAUUCUUCUGUUCUGUGGACGGCUCUAGUUGCAGUAUAAAAUUGUGACCAAAAUUAUUGUGCUUCUUUAUAAUCAAGCGAAAUAACUGAAUUAUGGUGCUGCUCCAUUUGGGAGGAUUCGGGCUGGUCACAUAGAACCAUAAAUAACAACAUCUAUAUCUACUGUGAACACAAUUAGCACCAAAUAGUCGUCGAUGUAAAACGUAUAUUUGUUGUGAAGAUCAGUCGUUCAUGUGUACCCUUUACAAUUGUUUAUCGUAAUACACACGAUAACAUAUAUGUUGAAUAAAAGUCUUUGAAGA